GGCGGCGGACGCGGUCCAACCUCGGCUGCGGCCCCGACCCCGCGGGGCAGCCUGGGCUACGGCGCGGCCGCGGGUUGAAUAUUGUGAUUUUUUCCACGAGAAAUUGAUAUCGAUAUUUUCACGAUCGGCUGCUGUUUAGUGAUUGAUUAUUACAUUGAUUAUUGAUUAUCACCCGGCUGUGUUAUUGGGACGUCAUCGUAACGAUCAUCAUUUAAACGACGUCAUUGUUUCGCACGUAAUCGCUUUAUUGACGCGACGUCGUCGUGAUCAAACCGUAGCUGAACCAUCAGCCGAUUGUGAUCAGUUAUUGAUCAGCAUCAGCUCUGACGCGUUGUCGCGACGUCGCCGGUUGAACGAGAUUCUAUUUAUCGCUUCACUGACAUAACGUCGUCAUUUCCUUCUCGUGGGAUGCCCCGUGAGCGCAGACAGGAAGUCAGCGUCACCGCCUGCGGCCAUCGCGGCCCCGCCCUGCGGUACCCGGAUGACGUCACUCACGCUCUGCCCCGCCCCCGGACGCCAUGACGGUCGGACGCCAGGCCCUGCUGGGAGGCGGAGUUAGUGGGACCAGAACCCCAGGGAGCUGAGCUGUCAGUCACCGAGGCCACGCCCACCGAGGCCACGCCCACCGAGGCCACGCCCGCGGCAUCAACUGACAGAUGGGGUGAGAAGCCCAGGCUCCGUUACCCACAAUCCUCUGCUCACACAGUGAGGCGUCUGUCACAGAAGCCCCGCCCAUCGCAGCCCCGCCCCUUGAAGUCCCGCCCCAGCUCUCGUGACGUCACCAAACCUGACAGGAAGUGGGAGAGAAGUGACAGGAAGUGACCGGAGACUGACAGGAAGUGGACAGACACUGACAGGAAGUCGGGAAUUCACAGGAAGCGGCUGAAAGGGGACCUCAGGCAACAGGAAGUGGCCCGGGAACCGACAGGAAGUGACGUUUACGCCACAGGAAACGAUUUGCUAGAAACCGGAAGUGGCCGUCGUGUGACAGGAAGUGACUGUGCAGCCGCCGGAAGUGCACAGCCGGUCACAGGAAGUGACCUUGUUCAACAGGAAGUGACAGCCCAUCGUCAGGGGUCGCUGUGACAUCAUAGGAAGCAAAAAAUUGUAAUAGGAAGUGACUGUGACAUAACAGGAAGUGGCUCUGUGACAACAGGAAGUGACCAUUUUGAACUUGGGAGUCGGCCUCAGACGACGGCAGCGACCUCACUCAGACAGGAAGUGAUCCCAGCAUAACAGGAAGUCGCCACAACCUCACAGGAAGUGUCUGCGAUCUAACAGGAAGUGUUGGUCUCCUGGACAGGAAGUCAGUUUCCUAACAGGAAGUUGUUGACCCAUCACAGGAAGUGAGUGAAUACUAGCAGGAAGUGAUUCUCUGGAUCAGGAAGUGACCUGUGUAUAACAGGAAGUGGCUUCUCCACCACAGGAAGUGACCGCGUUCUAAAAUAUAUUGAGAAUCCCGGUCCCGUCCUGGGCUCCUCAAACCGGAAGUGACCCGUUCGUGACAGGAAGUGACUGCGUCAUCACAGGAAGUGUCGGUUUUGUGGCCAUAACUCGCUCUACGGAGCCGGAAGCGACCUGUUUGCAACAGGAAGUGCCUUCCCCGUCACAGGAAGUGACCACAUAUUAACAGGAAGUGUCAUCCCUGCGACCGGAAAUGACAUUUUAAAACCGGAACUGAGCUGUUCAUCACAGGAAGUGGCACCUGGGUAACAGGAAGUGACCGUUUUCUAACAGGAAGUCUCCUUUUUGUGACCGGAAGUGACUCUCUCCAAACAGGAAGUGUCCGGGGACCUCACAGGAAGCCCCACAUCUCCGACCCCCAGCGUCCCGGACGUCACCAUGCCCCGCCCCCGGGCCCCCCGGCCGCCCUCCGUGGCAUGGGCGUGGCUGUGGGCGUCGUGCCUGUGUCUGGCAGCGUCCGGCGAGGCCCCGCCCACGCCGCACCCGGUGGUGGUGACGAACUACGGGAAGCUGCGCGGGGUGCGGACGUCGCCGCCCACGGAGCUGCUGGGCCCCGUGGACCAGUUCCUGGGCGUCCCGUACGCGGCCCCGCCCACGGGCGAGCGCCGGUUCCAGCCGCCCGAGCCGCCGUCCUCGUGGGCGGGGACGCGCAACGCCACGCGUUUCGCGCCCGUGUGCCCGCAGCCGCUGGACGAGCGCGCGCUGCUGCGCGACAUGCUGCCCGCCUGGUUCACCGGCAACAUGGACGCCCUGGCCGCCUACCUGGCCGAGCAGAGCGAGGACUGCCUGUUCCUCAACGUCUACGCGCCCGUGGACGGAGCCGACAGUCGGAAAUCGGCGGACGACGUCGCCGGUCGCGACCGCGGUGACGACGAAGACCCCCACGACCCCGGCGGCAGGAAGCCGGUCAUGGUCUACAUCCACGGCGGCUCCUACAUGGAGGGCACCGGGAACAUCAUGGACGGCAGCGUCCUCGCCAGCUACGGCGGCGUCAUCGUCGUCACCGUCAACUACCGCCUGGGCGUCCUGGGGUUCCUGAGCACGGGCGACCAGGCGGCCAAGGGUAACUACGGGCUGCUGGACCAGAUCCAGGCGCUGCGCUGGGUGGAGGAGAACGCGGGCGCCUUCGGGGGGGACCCCAAGCGCGUGACCGUGUUCGGGUCGGGCGCCGGCGCCUCCUGCGUGAGCCUCCUGACGCUGUCACACUACUCGGAGGGCCUGUUCCAGAAGGCCAUCAUCCAGAGCGGGACGGCGCUGUCCAGCUGGGCCGUGAACUACCAGCCGGCCCGGUACGCGCGGGCGCUGGGCGAGCGCGUGGGCUGCGGGUCGGGCGCGGACUCGACGGCGCUGGUGUCCUGCCUGCGCGGGAAGGACGCGGGCGAGCUGGCGCGGGCGGGCGUGGCCCCGGCCACCUACCACGUGGCCUUCGGGCCCACGGUGGACGGCGACGUCAUCCCCGACGACCCCCAGAUCCUCAUGGAGCAGGGCGAGUUCCUCAACUACGACAUCAUGCUCGGGGUCAACCAGGGCGAGGGCGCGCGGUUCGUCGACGGCCUCGACCUCGACGGCGGCGGCGACGGCGACGGGGACGGCGAGGAUGGCGUGGACGGCGGCGGGGGCGGGGUGUCGGCCGUGGCCUUCGACCUCGCGGUCGCCGGGUUCGUGGACGACCUGUACGGCGGGGGCGGGGCCGGGGGCGGGGACGGCGGCGCGGCGCUGCGGGAGACGGUCAAGUUCAUGUACACGGACUGGGCCGACCGCGAGAACCCCGAGGCCCGGCGCAAGACGCUGGUGGCGCUGUUCACCGACCACCAGUGGGUGGCGCCCGCCGUGGCCACCGCCGACCUCCACGCCCGCUACGGCUCCCCCACCUACUUCUACGCCUUCUACCACCGCUGCCACGGAGGCGUGGCCGAGGCGGGCGGGGACGCGGCCCACGGCGACGAGGUGCCCUACGUGUUCGGCGUCCCCAUGGUCGGCCCGACCGACGUCUUCGGCUGCAACUUCUCGCGCAACGACGUCAUGCUCAGCGCCGUCGUCAUGACCUACUGGACCAACUUCGCCAAGACGGGGGACCCCAACCAGCCGGUGCCGCAGGACACGAAGUUCAUCCACACGCGUCCGAACCGGUUCGAGGAGGUCGCGUGGUCCAAGUACGACCCCCGCGAGCAGCUCUACCUGCACAUCGGGCUCCGCCCCCGCGUGCGCGACCACUACCGCGCCACCAAGGUCGCGUUCUGGCUCGAGCUGGUCCCCCACCUGCACGGCCUGGGCGACGCCCUGCAGUACCUCAGCACCACCACGCGGGCCGCGCCCUCCGACCCCGACAACAUGGCCGCCGCCGCCACGCGCCGGGCCCCGCCCCCCGCCCGGGCCCGGCAGGCCACGCGGCGGCCCGCGGUGACCUCGUCGAUGACGUCAUCGUCGGUGACGUCGCUGGGGGCGGCGCCGCCGCCCGGGCGCGGCCGGGGCGGGGACCCCGGGGGGGCGUCGGUGCUGAUCGAGACGCGGCGCGGCGGCGACUACUCCACGGAGCUGAGCGUCACCAUCGCGGUCGGGGCCUCGCUGCUCUUCCUCAACGUCCUGGCCUUCGCCGCCCUCUACUACAAGAAGGACAAGCGGAGGCACGAGAGCCACCGCCGGACCCCGGGGUCGGCCGCCGGCGGCUCCGGGGGGGUCGGGAGGCCCGUUUCCGGUCCCGGGAGCGUCCGGGGAGCCGCUUCCGGUUUCGGGAGGGGCACUUCCGGUUUUGCCGGAGCCACUUCCGGUCCCAGGGGAACCAGUUCGGGCCCCGGGGGAUCCCGGGGACCCACUUCCGGGUCUGGGGGGCUCACUUCCGGUCUAGGCCACGCCCCCGGCGCCGGCCGCUGGCCCGGGAACGAGGCGUCGUCGGACGGGAUGGGGAACUGGCGCGGCGGGGACUGCGUCAAGAUGGCGGAGGGGGCGGGGCCGGGCGGGGUCGAAGGCCUGCGCCUGACCUGCCCGCCCGACUAUGCGCUCACCCUGAGGCGCUCGCCCGACGACGUCCCGCUCGCCGCCGCCACCGCCGCCGCCGCGGCCCCGCCCCCCGGCGCCGCCAUCACGAUGAUCCCGGGGUCGCUCGCCGCCACCUUCAACAGCUUCGGGCCGGGCUCCGCCUCCUCCGCCGCCGGCUCCGCCCCCCCGGGGUCGGGGCUGCCCCACGGACACUCCACCACCCGGGUAUAGCGGGCGUCGGACGCUCGUGGGCGGAGGACACAGACUCCCAGGAUGCACCUGGGUGGCCUAGGCCACGCCCCCGGCCCCGCCCACGCCGACCCGGGAUGCACGGGUGGGGUCGCGGGUUCUCGUCCCGGCCCCGCCCACUCUGUAGAUGUGGGGGACGGGGGCGGGGUCGGGGAGACCCGGGUGGGCGGUGCCCGGAGGGUUAAACUGGACAGAACCGGAACGAGCCGGACUCAAGUGGAGUCGACAGGACUGAACCGGAUGGGACUGGAUUGAACCAUAAAUGAUCCGGAUAAAACUGGAUUUAACCGGACCAGACGGGGUUGGACCAGAUUUCACUGGAUUGAACUGACAUAAACCGGACUGAACCGGAUUGAACCAGAAAAAACUGGACAGAACCUGAUUGAACUGGACCAGGCUGCACUGCACCGGAUCAAACUGGUUAUAACUGGAUUUAAGGGAUCGAUUCCGGAAUGAACUGGGUUGAAGUGGACGGAACUGGAAUGAGCCGGAACCGGAACUGGACAGAACCUGAUUUAACUGGACCAGACUGAACCGGAUUGAACUGGAAUAAACUGCAUAGAACCAGUUUGGACCUGAUUUAACUGGACUGAACUGGAACAAACCGAUCAGAACAGGAUUCGACUGGACAGAACUGGACCGAACCCGAAAAAAAAACUGGAUCGAACCUGAUUUAACUGGACCAGGCUGCACUGCACCGGAUCAAACCGGUUAUAACUUGAUGUAACUGGGCUGCACCAGAUUGAACCGGAUCGAGCCGGAAUAAACUGCAUAGAACCAGAUUGAGCCGGAUUUAACUGGUCUGAACUGGAUAGAACCUGAUUAAACUGGUCUGGACCAGACUGAGCCGAUUAGAACUCGAUUUGAUUGGAUUGAACCGAAUUGCGCUGGACAGAACUGGAAUAAACCGGAGGGAACUGGAUUGAGAACCCGACUGAACCAGAAUGAACUGGUUACAGCUCGAUUUCACUGGAUUGAACCGGACUGAACCGGAUUCGGCCAGAAUAAACCAGAUAAAACCAAACUGAACUGGAAUAAAGGUUUUAUUUUUUAUCGGAUUGAACCGGAAUAAACAGGAUUUAAUCAGAAAACAAGCGGCAGAGCUGGAAUGAACCGGAAUGAACCGGACUGAACUGGAAUAAACCGGUUUGUGCUGGGUUGAAUCAGACUGAACCAGAAUAAACAGGGUUUAACCUGAUUGAACCUGACUAGACCUGACAGAGCCAGAUUGAACUGGAAUGAACCUGAUGGAACCGGAUUAAAGUCCAUUGAUCCGUAACCGGAUUCAACCGGACAGAACUGGACUGAACCGGACAGAACGAGAGCCGACCAGGCAGAUCCGGACUCAGCCGGAUCAGCUGGACCAGAGUCAGAGCCGACAGGAUCGAAGGAGACUGAACCGGAUUGAACCGGAAGAAACCGGAUCAGACCGGAUUGAACUGGAUCGAACUUGUCUGUUGGGCUGAACCAGGAUAAACAGGACUGAGCCGGACAGAACCUGAUUGAACCAGAUCGAACUGGACGGAACCAGAUGGAAAUUUUCUUAUCGGCUGGAACCGGAUUGAACCGGAAUAAACCGGAUUGAACUCUGUGUAUUGAGCUCAACCACAACAAACAGGAUCAAACCGGCCUGAACUGGACGGAACUUUUUUAUCGGAUGGAACCAGAAGGAACCGGAUGGAACCGGAUGGAACCGGUCAGAACCGGCUCCGCCCCCGUCCGCCGCCGCAGGCGACUCUAUUUAAUUCCAGGACAGAUCACAAUCUUUAACCCCGCCCCCCCGCGGCCGCGGUCUCCGCCCCCUGACCCCGCCCUCGUAGCCCAGGCUACCCCGCUGGCCCCACCGCGGCCCCGGGUGCCGACUAUGCACAAAACAGAACCAGGAAGAACCGGUCGACGCGGACGGACGAACACACAGACCCCGUGCCGCGGUGGGGGCGGGGUCAGUGUCAGGGGCGGGGCCUGGGAGGGCGGGGCCUGUAUUUAAAUGAGGCGGUUUAUAAAGUUUAAAGGAAAUUUACCGGAA